AUGAGUCAACACGAACAAAACGCAGUCGGCUCGAUCGACCCAUUCGCCCACACCUCAAGCAGCAAAGUCAACGCUGGCUCCGUCCCAUUAAGGGUCAACUCUGACAACCUCUAUGGAUCUACCCACCAUUCCGCAAGCCCGCCCGUUGGAGGCGAGGUCUGCCAACAGAGUCAAGCCCCCCACGACCCAUCCUCGGCUUCCAAAAUACCAGCAAUAAUAACCACGACCACAACAAAAGUAACAACGGAAUCUACGACCACUCAAGGUAGGAAACCGUCCUUGACUGAUACAUUGAUUGCUGGCGCCGCCGCCGCUGCCACAACAGCUACCAACGCGGCGACCAAUGCAGUUAUAGCUGCACGAAGACUGGUGGGCAACGACAAAUCAUCCGAAAUCGACCUCAACAGCGAGACACCCGAUACCGUUCAGACCGAGGAGACUUCAUCACCGUCCAAGGGCGGCAUUUUCAACUUUUUGAAGUUUUCAUCCACCAACAAUGGACUCUCUUUCUCUCAACGCAAACUGUCAUCCCACAAGCACAAGGGCCAUUCAUCCCACCGCCACCACGUAUCGUCUGCAACAGCUGCAGCUGCAACCGUUCAUCAUGACGCCAUACAACACCCUAUGAAAAGCGUAAUGCCAAACAACACCACCACUCAGACAACCGCACAGGACAGCAACACGCAACACACCCUGCAAAAUUCCAUGCAACACCCGAUGCAGGACUCUUCGCAAGACUCCAUGGAGCAACAACACCCUGCGCAGGAGGAACAACAGGACUCUAUGCAGCAGCAACAAAAUCCCAUGCAACAAGCCAUGCCAGCGCCAGCGCCUACAAACAUAACCUUUUCCGAGGAACCACCAAUCAUGAGAACCAACAACAAUGCACCAACUUCAACCACCUCCACAACCGCCGCCGCGCCUACCACUUCAUUCCUCCCAAGGAGAGGCAGCAUCGCCCACCAAACAGCCUUCCUGAGAGAACCCCACAACACCUUUUACGUCACCCACCAAGGCGGCGCUAAUAGUCAUGCCCUCGGUGUCGACCAACCCUCAGUCUCCUCAACCUCCAAAACCAUAAAGACCAAGACCCAUUCCGGCCUAGGCGUCGACAAACCCCUCUACGUUGGUGUCCACGACGACCCCAAGACCCAAGCCCGCAUACGCGGCAGUCUCCACGUCGACAAAGAACCCGUCUUCUCACAGCAUGCUCUCAACGACCCAAAUAACAAGGGACAGAACUCGCAUACGGGAAACCUGGUUGAAGCCAACUCUGUUACUGAUAAUGAGAACCCAGCUCCCUUGAAGGAUUCAGUCCCUCCCCGUCGACGAUUGCCCAACAACGGUUUGAAUGUCGACUCUCCCUCUGUCGCGACUAGUAACAUCGCUGGAUCGGGCUCGACCGACAACACCAACACCAACCGCCCCAAGGGAACCUACAACUCUGGAUUCAACGUCGAUCGCGCGGGACACCAUGACCAAAAGACCUCUGGCUUCGGAGUCGACAAACCUGCAAUCGUCACCCACCACUUGGCAACCGCCCCCAAAUUGCAAAACCCCACCCCGAUUGUCCCAAAAACCACAACAACCAACAGCAGGAGCCGCUCCCCAACCCUCAACCCACAAAACAGUACCAUCCACCCAUACUCCACCACAACCACAACCUCCGAGACCGUGAUCGACCCCGCAGAGAUGGGUCCCACAGUCACCUACCAGAACCCUGCCAACCUCUCAACCUCUGCGCCAGUCGACCCCAUAGUCAUCCCUGCCGAUUACAAAGGUCCCAUCCCACAAGUCAACCCUGGCGAGAAGAUCAUCUGGGUCAAGAAGACUGUUGUUCAGACAGAGUACUAUGACGGCCCUCAUGACAACACCGGUAGUACCAUGCCGCCAGCACCUACACAGGAUUCUGGUAUCCAGAACCGUCGUGGCAGUACAGGCUCAUUAUUGGAUCGUAUCCGUGGUCGCCGCUCUAGUGUCGUCUCGACGGACAAGGGCAAGCAACGAACGUAA